GCUGCCUGAGGUGUCCGUCAAAGUGAAGGUAAAGAGAGAAAAAAAGGUGUUCAAGAAGAAAAAUCCGAGCUAUACUUCUAUUGGUAGGCGGGCCGGUCGUGGAGGGAACAAUCGGGUAGACUUUGCCAGGGAACCACCUCAAAGCAUAUCGGGUUACUUUGAGUGACGGCGUAACCAUGGCGAAUAAUUUGACUACGGCUAUUGUUUUAUCCUCACCAUCCCCGGGUCAGAUAACCGACCAAUCAGAGUUCAUAUGAUCGCUUGUCUUGCCAGCUUAGAAUAAUAUUAUUAAAACGAGGCAGCGAGCCCGGUCCGCGGGAGUAGGUUAUGUUGAAACGGUGUAGAAAAGGUGGAGGAGGGCGGCCGAAGGAGACGCAACUUUCUCUCUUUCUCGCCGACUAUAUGAGGAUUUGUCGCCUGGGGUUCUGCAUGGCUGAAUGGACUUGAGUGCGCUCCACAAUACGCGGCUGGAUAUAUCACACCUAACCUGGGGCUGUUUUCACUUUUAGUUCGCUCUUCUUCUUUUUUUUUUCCGGCGGGGGGACCUUUUGUCGCUUGUGGACUUUACGCGUUUUGAUUUGAUGUGAGACUGAGACGGCGGACGUGGGAGUAAGGCGCGAUAUAAUCUCCACCGAUUUCCCGUUGUCGCCAUGUCCAUGCUUCCGACGUUUGGUUUUACGCAGGAGCAAGUCGCGUGCGUCUGCGAGGUUCUCCAGCAAGGGGGGAACAUCGAGCGGCUGGGGCGCUUCCUCUGGUCCCUCCCGGCGUGCGAGCACCUCCACAAAAACGAGAGCGUCCUCAAAGCGAAAGCCGUGGUCGCUUUCCACCGGGGGAACUUUCGGGAGCUCUACAAGAUCCUGGAGAGCCACCAGUUCUCGCCGCACAACCACCCGAAGCUGCAGCAGCUGUGGCUCAAAGCGCACUACAUCGAGGCGGAGAAGCUGCGAGGCCGUCCGCUGGGCGCCGUGGGGAAGUACCGCGUCCGGAGAAAGUUCCCCCUGCCCCGCUCCAUCUGGGACGGAGAGGAGACCAGCUACUGCUUCAAGGAGAAGAGCAGGAGCGUGCUGCGCGAGUGGUACACCCACAACCCGUACCCGUCCCCGCGGGAGAAGAGAGAGCUGGCCGAGGCCACGGGACUCACCACCACGCAAGUCAGCAACUGGUUCAAAAACCGCCGCCAGCGGGACCGAGCAGCGGAGGCGAAGGAGAGGGAAAACAACGAGAACUCCAACGGCAAUAGUCACAACCCAUUGACUUCUUCCAUGAAUGGAAAUAAAUCUCUUUUGGGGAGCUCGGACGACGAUAAAACCCCUUCCGGGACACCGGAUCACACGUCUUCGAGCCCGGCUCUGCUGCUCGGCCCAAACUCCGGGUUACAGUCCCUGCACGGCCUGGGGCCCCCGCCGGGGCCCAGCGCCAUCCCGGUGCUCGGCGGCGUGGACUCGGUGCACCACCACCACCACUCGCUGCACCACGACACCAUACUGAACCCUAUGUCUUCUAAUCUAGUGGACCUCGGCUCUUAAAAACGACAACGAAUGGGGGAAGAGAGCGAAGCGCCUUUUUUGUUGUUGUUGUUGUUGUUGUUGUUUAUUUUUGGCGGGGGGAGAAGUAGCUUCCGAGGUGGCGGGAGACGGAGCUUCAAGCGUUUGCGGCAAAGUGCAAAGCAGACAGACUGGAACACUACGGAGACGCCGCAACAAACCGAUUAGUGUCCUAUUCAACCUUUAAAGUCGUUUAAAACAAGUGGAGAAAUCUGCCAAAUUAAAUCAUCGCCUGGAAAACUAGUUUAAAGGCAGCGCACUUAUGGAGUUUAAUUAAAACAGCUACCAUUACUUGAACCAUUCUCUCUUUAAUCUGCUUGAGGGGAAAUGUCAUUUGAAAAAUUAAGACUGACUUAAGGCUCAGUUAAUUAGUGCUGAUGCAAACAAAAGGUGAGGAGAAUGGGUCGUUUUAGGUUAAAAAAAAAUAGUAUUUUACCGGAAUGUAAUAACGUAAUAUGCUAUAUUGUUGAAAACAAUAAAAUGUCUUAAUUCUUGGUACCGUUACCGUUUAUUUUGUUUGGGAGUUUAGAUGCAUCAGACUCCGUGAAGGUUCCCCAUCGCCUUUUCGUUUACAAUACAGGGUUUUCCAAGAGAGCCAUGCGCAGUUUUUUAAAGAGGGUUGAGGGAUGGGGGAUGGGGGGGGGGGUUAUGAUGUGGUAUGAUAUUCUCAAGUGUCUUAUAAGAGCCGUGAUAAGAUAAAAUAUCUUAAUCUUGAUUUUAUUAUUGUCCUUUUUAUUUGGAAAGAGACUGCAUGUAAACUUUGCGAUACAUGAUGAAACAUAAAACGAUGCACCUAUAGUUUCAUAUACCCUUUACAAUAAAAGAAAAACAAUCCAAGGAUUGAAAAUGGA